UGAGGCGGAGGGGAGGUCGGCGCUCGGCGGUGGCGUCUCGGGGCUUUCCAGGCCGGCCUCGCUCGGAGUCCUCGGGCCGGGAGGUGGCGGGCGAGUCGGCGAAGGAGUCUCCUUUCUCUGGGCCUGCCUCUUUUCCGAUAGUCUGCCAUCCCCGCCACUACCUCUCUCGACACACAACAGUCCUGCGAGCAAAAUAGAAACGUAAAGAUGCCCUAAGAAUCCAAAUUUGAUGAAAAACGUUUGCACUGAGACAUCAGCUAAAGUAUAAGGCUAAUAAAUACCGAGUCUCGUGAACGGGGGCUUUUCAAGAAACCGUGUUAAAACGUCACUUCAGAAGGAAUAAGAAUUUCUCCCUGGCUUCCGAGUCACUUCGACGUCUCCUGCCCCAUACAAACUCAUCCCUGGCGAUAGGAAAUUUCCUUUCUUGAUGCUGAAGAAGCAUUUUUAAUUCCAUGCUGAAUUGAGACCUUGGAAUGCUUUAGCAUGGCAGCGCUGGUGCAGCAAAAUGACUUGAUGUUUGAAUUUGCUAGCAAUGUCAUGGAGGAUGAACAACAGCUGGGCGAUCCUUCCAUCUUUCCCGCCGUCAUCGUGGAACACGUGCCGAGCGCCAAUCUCCUGAACAACUACUCGGGUUUAUCUUGCGUGACGGAACCGAACGACAUGAUCACGGAGAAUUCACUGGACGUGGCGGAGGAAGAAAUCAUAGAAGAUGACGAUAUCACCCUUACAGUGGAAGCAUCCUGUCAUAAUGGAGACGAGACCAUGCAAACCAUUGAAGCGGCUGAGGCUCUCCUCAACAUGGAUUCCCCGGGCCCGAUGUUGGACGAGAAAAGAUCAGCCCACGUAUUUGAAGCCGAGGAUGAAGUCGAAGCUGCUCCUAUCACUCACGUGUCGGUCACUUUGGAUGGCAUCCCGGAAGUAGUAGAAGUUCAUCAAAUCCAGGAGGCAUUUUCUGAAUCGCCAAGUACACCCGAACAACCAAAGAAGAGAAGAGGGAAGAAGCCCAAAGUCCCUCGGCCGGAAUCGCCCAGCCUGACUCCCAAUAUAUCUGUGAAGAAGAAAAACAAAGACGGGAAGGGAAACACCAUUUACCUCUGGGAAUUCCUCCUGGCGCUGCUUCAGGACAAAGCCACCUGCCCCAAAUACAUCAAGUGGACUCAGAGAGAAAAGGGCAUUUUUAAGCUAGUCGACUCCAAGGCCGUGUCCAGGUUGUGGGGGAAGCACAAAAAUAAACCGGAUAUGAACUACGAGACCAUGGGCAGAGCACUCAGGUACUAUUACCAAAGAGGCAUUUUAGCCAAAGUAGAGGGCCAACGUUUGGUCUACCAGUUCAAGGAGAUGCCAAAAGACAUCAUCUAUAUCGACGACGUAGAUCCCAACUCCAGCCUAGACUCUCCGGAUUCCUCUUUACUCUCCACCCCCGGGGCCAACAGAAGCCAAGCGGCCAAAGCCAAGGCCUCUUCCAACCCAGGCGCCAAAGGAUCUGCCCCCCUUUUAAAAUUGCCCUUCAACGCCAAGUCCGCCAAACUGAAGCAGGAGACUGUACCCCAGCCCCUGCCUUCUUUGACCCCCGAAGUGUUGACGACGAUGCAGUCGAGCCAUUCACCCCAUGCCACUCAGCUUUAUCGGACAGUCCACUUAAUGCCCUCGGUGCAAUCCAUCCAGGAAGGGCACACGGCCGUAACCAGUAACUUGCUGGACGAAUCCCUGAAUUCUUCGGUUCCAAAUAUCAGAAAAUGUUUUGGGAACAGUCUCUUCGAUUGUGGACUGGGCGGUGCGGAGCUGCAUGACAUUCCCAGAUGGGUGACCUUGAAGUUGAACGAGAGGACCAUCCAAGCCUCAGGCCAGGUUCCCGUCGUGGUCUCUCCCGGAAACCAGCAACUGCACACCGUAACACUCCAGACAGUGCCUUUAACCACUGUGAUAGCCAGCGCGGAUCCGACUUCUUCGGCCACACCCCAGAAGUUUAUCCUACAAGCCAUCCCAUCGUCGCAGCCCGUGACUGUCCUCAAGGAGAACAUGGUGCUGCAGUCCUCCAAGCCGGUCUCUCCUCCGUCGUCCAUCGUUUUCAGCCCUGCUCAGGUCCACCAAGUCCUCACCAGCAACGUCCAGACAAUUUGCAACGGGACGGUCAACGUGGCCUCCUCCCCGUCUUUCAGCACCGCCGCCUCCGUAGUAACUUUUACGCCCAGCAGUUCCCACGGGGCCGCCGGUCAGGCCUCCAAUGCCGUCAUCACUUCGGUGAUCAAGGCGCCGGAAGCCAAAACCGCCAUUGUGCAAGGGACGGUGAAAUCGGAAUCCGAAAAUUCACUCGGGGGGGAUGACGACCAACUCUUGGAGACCAGUUUCCACCAGCAGCCGUUUGUCGUCAUGGUCUCCUCUUCCAACGGGUUCCCUCCCACGGUACACAUCAAGGAGGAAAGCGAACAGUUCCAGCCGCCCAGCCCUUACGAGUAACCAAGAAGAAAAUUAAACGUUACCGUUGCUCUUUUCCUGAAUGUGAUGAGGACGCCUCCACCAAUUGUGUAUGUAACUUUUGAUUCCAAAGCAAGCCAGGCAUUAUAAAGCUACUUUUUUUCUGUUUGUUUGUUUGUUUGUUUUUUAAAUUCUCAAAUUAUAUUUUAGAAGUAACGCUGUAGAGUUGAUUUCCAGCUUUGUGGUUACCUCCGCCGUAUAAAAUAUUAUGUUUCGGGAAAAAAAAAGGCAAGCAUGAAGGAACAUGCAGUUAAUCUUUUCUCUCUCUCUCUCUCUCUUUUUGAUCACUGUCCAAAAAUUCUAAAUUUCUUAGACUCCCUGUAUUAUUUGUCUUAUCUUGCAUAAUAAUGUAAUCAGUGCUUUCAAGCAAUAGCUAAUUUCAGGAGGGUGUUUCUUUUUUUAUGCCAUUAUCUGACUUUUUUUUUAGUAAAUUCCAAAGAUCUUUUUACUCAAUGUACUUAGAAUAUAUUUUGUUUUAUAUGGAUCUAUAAAGCAAUGGGCGAUCGGGUCUUCGUUCGUUCAGUUGCCUUUUGCCCCAGUGAGAAAUCAUUUUGCAAAUAGAAGCAUUUCCCUUCUAUCUAUUGACAAGAGAUUUACCACCACUUAUGCAUUCUAUUUCCUAUAUAUUUUCUAUUCUAAGAUGGACAAUAUCUUCGAUAAAGCGGCUCGCCAAACCGGGAGCUGUGACUACAGGUGCAAUUAUUUUUCAGACCACUUAAAACCUUUUGAGGCAUAAAAAAAUGCGCUGAUUGUUUUUUUUUUUUUUUUGCAAUUAUUUUUAUAAGGAAAUGGAAAAAAAAAUAGAAGUAUAUGGGACUUAACCCAAGUAUUUUGAGAUUAAAAUAUUUCUACAAAGUACCUUUUCUAUUGUAAAUAUGUAAUUUAAUUUCUCAAAAAGAUUUUUUUUCAUAAAAAAAAGAUAUUUCCAUAGAACAAUAUUUUAUAGAUACAGAUAAGAUUAUUAUGUUUAGAGCUCUAAAGUUAUACGUAUUCAUGUAUUGCAGAGUGAAUUUGUAUUUAAAAGGAAAAAAAAAUUAAAUUGUGGGACCUCUUGAAGCUGUUUCCUCUUUUUUGUAUUUUAAUUGGUUUAUCAUGAAAAUAAAUCAAGUACAACAUCCUGG